AUGAAAAGCAAUUCAAUCCCUGUAGCUAACGUCACUUGGGAUGAUAUUUCGUCGCAGAUAAAGAAGAACGUCUUCGAACAGAAGAGCAUUCUCGCACAAUUCCCACUUGAAGCUGCUGUUAUCAGCGCUCGUGAAAUUGUUCUUAGUUUAGCCGCUGACUGUUCCUGUAAAAAGGACGCGGAGAAUGCGCUGGUGCAAGCAACUGCUGAGGCUGCCUCCUUAGCUCAAACUUCACAAAAACGCGCACCUGGUCGGCAUGCCGGCAAUUCAUUUGGCGAUGUCAUUCGAAGUGGGAGUGGGAGUGGGGGAGGAUCCAGACUUUCUAUAUCAGAAGUAGAGGCGAGAUCUAAAGGCUUCUCUGUGAAGUUGGAUAGUGAAGCAGAUUUACAGUGGGUCAUGCAGGCAAUCAACUACGGAUUGACAAUGCCUCCGGAAAAUUGGGAGAUAGUCGCUCACAGCGUGCACAUCUAUUGCCUCUGGUUGGGCUGCCUCCUACCCGCCCCGGUUUAUAGUCAUGGCCAGAAGGGUGUCCAGCAGCCGCUGCCUCACGCCCUUCUCGUCAACCCCCUCUCCUAUGCGCCUCGCCUUCUCUUUGCUCUCUGUCGCUUCUUCACUCCUCGUAAUGUCUUCAAGACUGCUGACGCCGCUGAUCUCACCGAUACCUUCUUUGGCUUGCUCCAUCAAUCACCACAGGCGCCGCCCGAUCCUGUGUGUACUGCUGCCAUCAAGGAUAUUGUGAAAGGCAUUGUCCCAGAAGGAACACAACAAAUUUCCACGGGAACAGGUCCGGCAGUAGCAGGAGAACCUGAGCGUUGGUUGCAAAAGAAGUACAUUCCACUUGUCUCCUGCAUUGUCAAUCGGAUAGAACAGAUCCUCAACACAUCUCAUCUCCUUACUGGAACUCUAUGGGAUCGGCUCUUGGAAUUCUCGCUGGCGGUUGGUUUCGCUGUUCUCUCAAUUCCACCGCAGAUUGAGUCCUCGGCCAUCACAACCUCUCGACCUUUCUCUCAGGUGGGUUUGGAACUUUUCUAA